AUGACGUCACCGGGUAUCCGGUGGCUCUUGGACGAUGUGGAGGAUCUGGGGGCAUGUCUCGCACUCCGCCUUCUCCUACGUAUCAAUAGGAGGAAGGAGACGCGGAUCUCCCCGUUAUGUAACCAGCAGAAACAGUAGUGCGAGAGCACGCGUUCGCCGGGUAACUCGAUCGACGCUGCGACACAGUUGUCGGGAAAAACGCCGAUUGUUCCGAGCCGGCCAAUUGCGUUUUCCUCGGAAAAUUUGCGUGUGAAGUUCGAUUCCCUCCUUGAUUUUUUCGUUUCGACCUUGGGAAGGUGCCAGUUGCAUAUACGGUGUGCCGAUAUUAGAUCCGAGGAAUUUGGUGGAUAUGCUUUUUCCAUUGUUCAUCGGGCGGCUGUGAAUAGGAUCAUAUAACCUCCAAACGUUUUACUCGAUGUAAAGUCAUGUUCGGUGAAGCCAAAUAAGGUCCAGACUGGCAGCGACAGUCGAAGUCGGAGGCGACAAGAGUUGUCUCACCACCUACAUCUUCAACCCUGCCGAGACCUGCACAGGCAUCCACAGUCCCGAAAAAUCCCCUCUGAGCACGUCCCUGCGCGACGGCGAUCCUCAUAAUGCAAAGCACGCAGCCCUCCACGUCGAACGCCACAUGCACCCGAAUUUUCUCUUCGGGAAAAUCGUCCAAGACGGCCGACCCAAUUUCCUCGCCGACUACGAGCUGAGCUACAAAAACUGCAACUUCGACGUCGGCACCCACGGGAAAUGUUGCGUGGGCGGGCAUUUCGGCGAUGACCUGAGUUUCGGACACUUGUACACCAUCAGCAGUGUCUCGAAUGGAUUGAGGAUUGACAAGGAGGAGCGUAUGUACGAUGAGCCUUGCACCGGAGAAUUGCCCAGAAGAUCUUGGCUGUGUUGUCCAGGAUCGCAGAGAAAAGAUGGAGAACAACCGUCCCUUCUCGAGAUCAAGAAAGAAGCGACGCCUUCACCCCCAGAAGCCAUCACCAGAGAGCCUAGCAGAAGUUUUUGCUCGGGAACUUGCGAACGUCUUCAACAACAAUUGGACGAACAGGCUCAGAGGUAUGAGGAACAGCUAACUGAAUUGCAUUCGGUAAUUGCUGAACUGACUCGAAAACUCCACCAUCAAAGAACACUGGCAAUUGCUGAGGAAGAUGAAAUAUCAGAGACCUGUACGAGCGUCCACGACGAGUCAGUCACCUGCCCUCUAGAGGUGAGCGAAUUGGAGCCCCUAGAGCCGGAUUCGUCCGACCUAGAUAACAGGAUACAUCUAGCUGAUAGCCCGUCGGAACUUCCCGAGCCAAAACUUAACUCCUCCAAUAACGAACAGAACGAAUCCACGCCAUCGCCGGAUGUUGAGCCGCUCAAGCAGGAAAUAAACCGUCUGAAAUGUCAACUUCAAGAUGCACAGUACAAACUUGCCCAAUAUGCCAUCGCCAAAGAUGAGAUUAUAGAGGAGAUGACGAACGCGAGCAAGAACCUGGAUUCGCCGGAAUCUCACAUCGAGGUGGACUGCAAAUCCUUUCAGGAGUCCUCCCCCAGGAUCGAUAUCAAAUUUAGCAAUAUCGUUCCAAUUCAUAAGAACAAGCAGAACUCCACGGUGUCAACGCCCGUUUCAAAAGUGGCUGAAAGGGUGAAGCUGAAAAGAAGCGCGAAUGGAAUCAAGGAUCCAAAUUCGUCAGAGGUGGCUAACUCAGAACUGACGACUGCAGUAGCUGAACAUAUCGUUGGAGACAUACUCCGCCAUUGUGAUACGCAAAAUGAAAAGACAGCGGUCGAUAUAGAAUUAAGACAGCUCUACACGAAGUUAGAACAUGCCAGGGCGCAGAAUAACGUUCUGGUGCUCACGUUGUCAGAAACGAAAGCUCAUUGUGAUAGAUUGGCCUUGUUAUGUGGUAAAUACGAGUCUAAUGCUGUAGCAUUACGUUUAGCGUUAGGAGUGACCGAUCGUGCCAUAGAAGCCUACGACGUACUGUUGGCUCUACUUGAGACUGAAUUAGCAUUAAACGAAGGUAACGCCGAAUCCAUCCAGAACAGAAGUGCUGCAGAAACUGUUGCCAAACAACUUCUUUCUUACCUCGAUUCUUACGAGGUGUCAUCUGAUAUGCUGCUGUCGCCUUGGCAGAAUCACGUUUAUGAUGGAUCUAAAAUGGAUAAUGAAUUAUGGACGUCUGAUCACGAGACAAGACUCAGGGAACACGUAUCUCGACUUAAAGCAGAAAGGAGUAACAUUCAGGGAACAUUUGUUGCUCUGGAAUCAACUUACGUUGAAAAUAUACCGGCCAAACCGAUGAACAAUCAGGAGUCAAGAAAGAUGGACCUUGAAAUGGCGGUGCUGUUACAGGAACUAAUGGGACUCAGGGAGGAAAAAUCUGAGCUGGUUUCAAAAAUUUUCGCUUUGGAAAAAGACAAAAGUGCCAUGCAACUCAAACUCAAAUAUGUGGAGGGUCAGCAGAGAGCUCAAUCAGCAACUUUGAAGAAUCUUCAAGGCCAGUUGAAGGAUACGGAGGCUCUGUUAGCUUUAGCGUCCCAAAAUCGGGUAAAUGAGCGUGGAUAUUCCGAUGCUGAACAUGCGCAAGGGGUUGAAUUCGAAUUAAUGCAAGCACUAGCUAGAGAAGCUAGGCUUAAAGUUAGAUUGCAGGAGUUGGUUUCCACUCUGGAACAAGUCACGAAAAACGCUGAAGCUAGAUUGUUGGAAGGGAGGGAAAUAGUUCAUGAUCUUAAUCAAACAAAUAGUGUAUUAGCUGAAACAGUAGAUAGAAAUAAUAAGAGAUAUCAAGCUAAAUUCAAAAAGAUGGAGCAACAAAUGCUGACAAUGGUUGAGAAACACACGGCGCAGGUACAUACGUUGCAACAGCGAAUAGCUUCUAUGGAAACACCUCCAACAAAUAGUUCAGAUAACUCUUUGGCAUCUUUAGCUGUAUAACUUCGAAUAUAAGCGAUUAUCAAGUACAGUAUAGAUUCAAUUUAUGAUCUCAUUGAAUUAUUUUUGGGAUUGCACUUGUGUUGUUUCGAAAGGUUGGUGAAAUGUUGCAGAAACUACAGAUGAGAGUUCCUAUCACUCAUUAAUUAUUGCACCGGAUAUAUAUUUUUAUGUGGAUAAUAAAGGCAGUAAAAGUUGGAAAAUAAGAGACUUCUGGAUACCGAACAUUUCAAGUUUUCUUUAUCCCAGGAGGUGCUCUCCCCCCUCCCCCUCUCUCUCUCUCUAGUUUUUGUUGAAUCGUAUUCUGCUGAACGAAGAUUAUUGAUGUUAUGCCAUGCUGUGAUUAAUAACUAUUUGGCUGAAUUGGAAAGAACGAUGAUGGAUCCUUAAUCAUUUAUAGUACAAUAUUUAUUUUAAAAGGGCCUGUUUCAAACAGAAACCCAAAAACUACAACACAUCACAGUAUCACGUGAUGUAUUUCCUUGUGAAAUUAAUUUGGUUGAUGAAAAAAUUCAACAAGAAUCAGUUGUUAUCCGCUGCUUAGUCAUGUAGAGUUUUCGCGAGUAUUUUCAAUACUUAUCUCUUUUAACUUCAUUUAUUUCAUAACCCAUUUCCGAAUAAGUUUUUUCAAUCUCGGCAUUAUUGAUAUAGAUUUUUAUAUAGCUCUUCUUAUUCCAGCUUAAUGUUUAAUAUUAAGAAAAAAUCUUUGAUUUGUUAUGUAAAGAUAUCGCCAUUAUUUUUAUAUUUAUUUCCAUUUGAAGAUUGAUAAAUGUUGUAUAACAGAUUUUCAUUAUUAUUUAUAUAAUUCGAAUAUAUAUGUAGAAAUUUA